GCCGGCCCAGCUAGCUCAUAGGCAGAAGGCGCCUUCAGAUCACAGAUCUUUGUUGGUCUUUCUACAAUGGCAUUUUCCCUAGCAGGGCACAGCUCCGCGUACUAUGGCUUCCCUCCGUCAUCCACCAAAGCAUUCCAGGUUAUGCAGAUUAAACACUUGGUCAAGGAAUAUCUGGAAAGUAUCCAGUUCGGCGCAAACACGCCGUACUUUAAGGACGAGGCCCUAGAGGAGACGGUUUGGGGCUAUUUCCACAGCUUGAACAUGGGCGAGAAGAUUGAGAGAUCAUUGCAGAAGAUGCUCAAAAUUACCGUAACGUUUGUCCAUCAGGCUUACACAUCGCUUCCAUUCGAGAUCAAAAUUCAGUGCUCCAUUCAGGGGUUGUACAUGUUUCUUGUUGAUGAUGCGACGGAGGAGUUUACGGAGGACUUGCAACAAUUUGGACAGAAUUUCCUCUUAAACAAAGGUCACCGGAAUCCUAUCUUCAGCAACUUUGAUGCACAUCUACGUAGUCUAAGCCGCCACUACGGGCCGUACUGCCAUUCGGUGAUUAUCAAAUCCAUGUUCGACUACAUCAAUGGACGUGUUAUUGAACACAAAAUGGAGCAGUCGGGGUUUAAAUUCUCCCCAAACACUCGCUUGAUGCCCAUGUUCCUGCGCACCAAGACCGGUGGUGCUGAGAUCCUCUUCCAUAUGCUUUGGCCGAAGAGCCUGUUUCCAGAAGAGCAAUAUCUCAUGCAGUACUUCCCUGUUAUACAGGAGAUGGUGUUGUUUAUUGACUUCACUAAUGACAUUCUCUCGUAUUACAAAGAAUGCUUCAUUAAUGAGGAGAAAGGAAAUUUUGUGUCAAACUUUGGACAAGCACACGGAAUGGACCGCAUGGAUGUCUUGAGACAGUUGGUGGAAUAUACUCCACAAGUACUUGCCGCUGUGUAUAGAGCAUUGCAGGAUAAUGAGGUUCUGCGGAAGCCAAUAGAGCAGUUCGUCACCGGCUGGGUCAGGUUGAUGACAGCCCAUAGACGCUACCACCUGGUGGACCUAUUUGCAGACGAGCAGUAUUUGCCGCCCUACGAGAAUGACGCAUGAUUAUUGUGCCUCCAACUAUAUCUUGCUGUAUAGAAAUCAAUUUAGUCUUAGCAACCUGUAA